AUCAUAUUUUGAUAAAAAUUAUUUUCAUAAAGAUAAGUUGCAACGUCAAUUUAUAUCUUUCUUUCAAAAAUUAUUAAAAAAAAAUAAUUUUAAAACAGAAGAUACCUAAAAUCAAGAACAUUUAGAAGUUUGAAAUAUUAACAAUACAAUUCUAAAUAAUUUAGAAUUAUUCUUCAUGUGUAAAAGUAACAUUUUAUUAGUAAUUAUCGAUUCGAGUCCGGCAACAUCGCAACUUUGCAUGGCGGUUUUCUGUUUAUUUGAUGAAAGAGUGUGGUUAGGAACUAGGAACCAUUAGUUUAAUGUUCGUGUCUCGGAUGGGGUCAGGUAGUAGUUCUGUAUGGGAAAAUUAAGUAAAGUAAAUUAACACUUCAAAGACGAUAUUUUGAAAGGAGAAGAGAGAUAGGCAAACUGAAUAAUAUCUAUGUAAAUUUAAUAGUUUACAAUUAAUUUCAACUUCCAUAAUCCGUCAUAUUAAAAGCUUGUAUUAGCACAAGAAAAUGUCAUAUCAAUCGGAUCUUCUAUCAGUUGAGGAUCAAAAAUAUUUACUUGGAGAAGUUACUAAUGACAGUUUUUUAAAGUUAAUAAAUGAGGACCCGUCUAUUCUGUCGCAUGAUGAUACUACAAUAUUGAUUGACAAUAUGGAGCAAUAUCAAGAUAUAAAAAUACCUAGACCUAUUAAUACCAUUCCAUCUAAUGAAGAAUACAGCGGACCAUUUGAGUUUGAAGUAGAUGUAAUACCUAACGGUGCAAAAAAUGCUUGGGUAUACUCUCCAAUGCUCAACAAAGUUUAUAUGGAUAUGAGAUCAGCAUUUCCAGUAGAUUUUAAAGUUAAAGAUAGACCACCGUUUCCCCUAUUUAUUAGAGUGACGCCUAUGUACAGUCUGCCACAAUAUACACAGGAUUGUGUGUACAGAUGCUUGAAUCAUGAAUUUACUGAUGAUGGUACUGAUCGUGAUAUAUCACCUCAUAUUAAAUCUCACGUCAUAAGAUGCCAUAAUAAAACUGCUUACUACAUUGGAGAGAAAUCAGUAAAUGAACGCUUAAGUGUGGUAAUUCCUCUUGCAUUGCCUCAAAUUGGAACUAACAGUAUUAGAGAAAUGUUCGAAUUUGUGUGUAAAAAUUCUUGUCCCAGUCCUGGAAUGAACCGUCGUGCCAUUGAAGUUAUAUUUACAUUAGAGAAUGAACAGUCUGAAAUAUUCGGGCGGAAAUCGUUAAACGUGAGAGUUUGUUCGUGUCCAAAACGUGAUAAAGAAAAAGAUGAAAAAGAUAGUGUUAAACAAUUACAGCCGUCAGGAGGUAAAAAAAGAAAAAUUCAAAAACCUGCCACAAAAGUUGCUGCAGUUAAUCACGAUGUCACAGAAUAUGAUAUUACUAUUCCAAUUGUUGGCGAAAAUAACGUUAAAAGUAUUUUAAAAUUCAGUCAUGAUUUGAUGGCAGGUGAGAUAGAGCGUUAUUCUGACGAUGGUCCACAAGCGAUAGCGCCUUUUCGAGAGGUUUUGAAUAAAUUGAAAAUAAUGAUAAGAGAUUGCAACGAGUAAUUUUUCCUUUAUCUUUAUACAAAUGUUUUACUUUUUUAUGUUACUUAUUAAGUUAAUAUGACGUAUUUUUGUAUUCUCUUUUUUUGCAUUUUAUAUGGAAGUAUAUAAAAAAUUGGUUUCUUAUAUAAUUUUAUAACAAAAAAUAUUUCUCUCUUUUGCUCAAUGAAAAGUUUUCUUCUAUAAACUUAAUUGAAAUUCCAAUUUUUGUAUAUAGAAACCGAUAAUUUUACAGAGUUUACUUAAAAAAUAAUACUGCACUUUUUUAGUUAAAAAUAAAAUUUGCGGUUAUAUUUAGUAUAUUCCAAAUAAAAUUCAAUGUACGCCAUAAAGAUACGUUUUUUGGCAUCUAUAUUACACAGUGUUACAGGGUCGAGGGACAGUGUGGCACAUAGGUUCCCAUAUUCAGUACCAACUUAGGCGCCAAAUUCAAAUAGCGAGUAAAUGCAUUUGAACUCAGAAGUCUAUAAAACCUAAACCCAAAAGCUUUUAUUUUUCAAUGUUUAUUUAAAAACGUGUUCUAAAUGCUUUUAAAAUUAUUUAUUUAAAAAUAAUCAUGCAGUUUUUGGCAGAUAAAUUAUUUUAUCAGAAAAUUUUCUUAUUUGGAGAAUUUGGAGUAGUUUAAUAAAAUAAAAAUGGUAAUUCGUGUGAAAACUAAUCAUUUUUAAUCAAAAUUUUCAUUUUUAUUAAAGUAAAUCACAAAUACAAUACUAAAAUAAUUGUAUGAAAAAUCUAACGUAUUAUAAAUAAAAAUUUAUAAUGUUAAAAGUUUAUGUUUAAAAAUAUAAAAUCUGGAAGUAAAAAUAAUAUUUUCUUUCUCAAUUAAUAUUGUAAAAAAAGUUUUUAAAGAAAUUUGUAUGAAUCAAUAGUAAGUGAGAAAUUUGGAAAUUAAUUAUCAAUAAAAUUGAAAAAUUUUAAAAAUUCAUAGAAACAACAAAAAGUAGAAAUGUGAGUUUAAAAAUUUUCUCCAUUUCUAUAAAAAAAAUUGGGUGUCCGCUGAUUUACAAAAAAAAAAAGAAUAUUGUUUACAUUGUAACUUCUCAAAAACGUUAAUUUAUUGUAUAAUCAACUAAAAUGUUUGUAUCACUAAAAUAAAUCACCUGUAGCAUCACUAGUUUGUCUUGAAAAUAUAGUAGGAAGAGCGUUACUUUCGGAUUUUUUCAUAUUAUCUACUCCGACUUUCUCUCAUUGAUCACUAUCAAAAUGAAGUUAUAAAAAAUAAGUUUUAUUUUUAAUAUUGGAUAUCAAUUAAAAAAUGAAUGAUAACAUAGUACAGUAAGAUUAUAUUUUCAUUUUAACCUCGCAUAAAGCAGCUGAAUCUCCAGGAGUCCAAUUAGAAUCUUUCCCACAAAGUUGAACACAAUUUAUUCUCCACAAUUCCAUUCUCUUUGGAUCUCUUGGAAAGUAGCAUAUCUUCAAACUAACUCCAUUCUUUUCUUUAAAUCCAGGAGCAUAAAGCUUUUGUAUUUUUAACAAAUAUUUUAUGAUAACAGUAAAAUAUCAAUUUUUUACUCAAUCAGUUUACACACAAACAGGCGCUUACGGUCACAUCACUGGUAGCCGAACCUACGUCUGUGAUAGUUAAGCUACUGAAUAUGGCGAAACCAAUCAGAAAGCGACUAAGUAUCUACCACACUGUUCCUUGGCCCACUGUAACAGUGUACUUGAAUCUGCAUAAGAGCAAUAUAAUUAGUAAACCCAACCUAACCUAACAAUAUAAUUAGUAAAAAUAAAGAAAAGCAUUGCUAUCAGCUCGUCACUUUUCAUUAUAUAUUUCAGAUUACAAAAUAUUUUUCAAUUCGUAUACAAUAUAAACAAUAUUGCAGCAUACAGAAUCAUAAAUUAAUCAAGCUUCAAAUUUGUCUCUUAAUAAUUGCAUAUUUAUUUUAAUUAGUUGGUGGAAGAUUUUUCUUCUGAUUCUUGUGUUUAUACUUUUCUUUAUUUAUUAUUGUAAUACUACUGAUGGUGAUUUUUGCUAACCUUUUUUUGUUUUAUUGAAUAUAUUAUUAGUUUUUUUUUUGUGAAGAUAUUUUCUUUUUCUCUAAUUGUUCAUUUCUAUUUAAGCUUUAAUAGUAACUUCCAUUUUUCAAUUAGUGUGUAUAUGGUAGAGUAUUGUUUUUGAUUAUACAGGUGGUAGGUGAAAACGGGCAGUUUCUUAUUAAAUUAACCUUAAUUUCAUUUUGGAUGGAGAAAAUACAAGAAAGAAGAGUGAUGGUUAAAUGUUCUACAUCUUCUAAUCUUAUAAGUUGAAAUUUAUGGAAUUGUUUGCUGAAUAUAUGGAUUACUAUUACUACAAUAAUGUAAUUACACUGUCUGACGUGAAGUUAUAGUCUCUAGGGACCGAAGAUAAACUUCCUUCGGCCCUCUAAUUACUUAAUCAAUUCUUGUCAAAAAUUUAUUAAGACAAUUUAUUAUUUCAGAAAACUUACUAAUUGUGAUGAUUCUUCAUUUUUUUUGUACAAUAUAGUCUUAGUGUCAGUUUCUAUGGGCGAAUUUGGUAGCCUUUUAUUCGACGGGUCUGAUUUGGUUCUUUCAAAAAUUAAUGUAUGCUCAUUUUAUUUUGCUUUGUUAACAAUUGUUACGUAGAAAGUAACAUAAAUGUUUAUGUGACGUGCCAGAUUGCAUUAUUCAUGCAUAAGAUUUCAGAACAAAACAUUUCACAAUUAGUUAAUUCCUUGAUGAUUAAUACAUAAGUAUUUGAAAGCUCGGAAUAUAGAUAUUAAAAAGAGUAUACUUUGGGGGUUGAUUUCUCACAAUCCAACAAUAAAACGCUUAUAAUAUAUAUCUUUUAACUCAAAGGAACUCUUUAUCAAUUUGGUAAUAAAAAUGAUUAAUUUGUGGAUUACGGCACUAAAAUUUAGAGUGUCCGAUGUCAUUUUGAAAUUUGUUUUUUAAACUAAACAAAUUUGAUAUUUUAUAAUAAAAUUUUAUAUCUUACGUUUCGCAAUUAAAUAAUAUAAGUCAUUUUCAGUUUCAUCUAUUAUUUUUUAUUUAUACAAAGAUCAUAUUUUCAUUUUAUAUUCAAGCCAAAAAUUAGUCCCUGAGGAUGAGUACAUAGUUUUUCGAUAGCUUGGAAUAUAUAUUAAAAAGAGUACACUUUUAUAUUGUAUUGCCGCAACACCACAAUGAUCAUCAAAAUUGACCAUCAUUUUAAUUUAAUUUUGAAUUUGAAAUAUAUAUUCCGUAGUGCUAGCCUGUCACUUGCACAUGAUAAAUUUGCUAUAAAGUUAUUGGAAUAGAAAAUGACUCUGGCUAUAAAUACUUUCCUUAUAUUCAAAAACAGAUUUCAAAAGUUAGUCGGAGUUUUUAUGACGUAUAUUGAAUUAUGUUACUGUGAAACGUUAUUUAUAAAUGUAAGUAACUGUUGUUACCGUUAUUAUUAUCAAAAUGUGUUUGUAUUAAACGAUUUUUUUUGUUAAAUGUAACAAAGGUUUUUAUAUCUAAAAUUAAUUAACACUAUAACUGUGACAAUAAAAUAAAAUUAAUUAUAACAUUUAAUACUAUAUGAGGUGUGGUUACUAAAUGAGAGUAAGGUCUGUCAAAGAAUACAGUAGAUGUUUUACCCUCUAAUGCACUGCCCUUCACAUGAUAUUUCCAGUGUUAAAAAUGCUUACAGCUAGAGGAAAACAUUUUACUUCAACUGCUUUCUCACUUGAAAAUAUUAUCACCUUUAGAGCAACUUUCACGUAGGACCGUAAAUGCCUAUACAACGAUAAGCUCGGAUUAAUAUACCAAUUCUCUCAAUGGAUUCGACAUUGAAAGCUCUUGUGAACGCCGAUCGUCUUCGGUUAUUCCAAGACCUUGUUUAAAUUGCUUAAAAAUGUGUGUAUGGGAUAAAAUUUCAAUCUUAUACACUAGUUUUACCUUCCUGCCGAGAAAAUUUCAAAUGAAUUCAAUAAACUGUUACAGUCUAACUAUAUACUGAGCUCGGGGUGGGGGAUAACCAUGUUCAAGCAUACCAUAACAUGUUUUCUGGAAACAACAUAAGGCCAUUUCAUAGCCGCACCUCGUAUACUUAACAGAAUUGGCUGUGGCGGUUUUUCCAAUAAUAUUUUUACUUCUUUGUUGUUAAAAUUUGUUUUUUGUACAACUGUCAAUAAAACUUGACAUUUCUGCAUCUCUAUCGAUAUGUGAAUGUUAACUUCUUUAACUGCCAAAAUAAUUUAUAUGAAAUAUUGUUUUUUGAAAGAUUUAUUUUGAACAAGGUAAAUAAUUAAUUAUUAUUAAUCAUAAAACAAUUUCAGUUAUUGGAAAUUGAUGGACAUUUUAAUUUGUUAAGAAGAUGUACAAUUCAAUAUUUUGUUGGAAAUCUCAAACUAUAUUCUAUAUAUGCUUCUGCUACGGAGGAAGAUUUUCAACCACUGUGGCGAGUUAUGAAUGUAAUAGUGCCUCAUGUAUUGGCUAGGAGAGUAACAGAGCUCCUAAUGAAACAUUGAUCCGUGUAGCUCUUAUACAUGUCAUUCUGGAGAUGUUUAUAUUUUGAGGUUGAGAUUGGGAUUCAGAAUCAAAAUCCAGUUUAACUUCAAUGGUCAUAGUAUUAUAUCUCACAAUGUACAAUCACAAAUAUUGUGACUUAUUACUUACGUUUUCAUUAUCUAAAGGGAUGUCAUAAGGUUUCUCAGGCUCAUCAAUUGUAUCAGUUGAGGCACUAGGACCUAUGCGGAUUUCUUUAAUAUAUCUAUUACUUCAAAGUUGUACAUAUUUUGAAUAUCAAACUAGAAUAGAGAAAUUAUUCAGUUCAUAAAUGGCCCAUUUAUGCAAUUAAAGAAGUGAUAAUAAGAUAGGUACUUCCAUCAGAUGCACCAUCACCACUUUUUUCCUCUCUUGUAUGUAUGUAUGUUUGACGCAUCUUGUUACAUUUCACUUUUAUUUCAAUAAUUGUGGUUCAUUUCAAUUGGCUUGAAUGAAACUACUUGACCUUGCGAGUUUAUUCUUAUAAUUUGUAGAUGUAAUUUCGUACAAUUUGUAUGGUGUCCCUAUAGCUCUGCUUGAGGGCAGCGACUUUCGUCCAAGACAUAGUUUUAGUUUUAAAAUGCAAUCGAAAUCAAUUAAAUACGUUAACAUAAGAAAUAAUCGAUGGUAAGUUGUGAAAUGAAGUGAUAAUCGUCAAUUGACAAUGACUUUUAUUAUUUCAAACGAUGUAAUUUCACAUUCACAGUUGUACAAAAAAUGUUUGUAUUUUAUGUAAAAAAUUCGUAUUUUCAUGGUACAUGUGCCAUUAAAAAAUUUUCUGCACGUAAUACAAAAAUAACUACACCGUACCAUAUAUUUUUGAAUGAUCUCACAUAAGUUUUAGUAUAUAGUUUUUGAAAUACGUGAAGUGCCAAUAUAUUAUAGGAAUACACUAUGUAUCACAUUUAUUUUUAAAUUUUGAUUACUAUUUAUAUUUAAACAUAUUCACUCAUUUUCACUUUAAAAUUUCAAUUAUUUGGAUUGAUUCAUGGAUACAUUUUGAAAAUACAAUGGAGUUUGUUAAUAACCACAAAUUAUGUUCGUUCAUUUUAACAUUAAUUGUAGGUGUAUUCCAUCAGGGUAAAGUUCUGGUGGCUACUUUGAUAAUAAUUCUCACAUUAAGUAUUUUAAUUAUAUUUUGACAUUUAUUUUUGUGCUAUAUUGUUAAAUGGAUUUGAUUACUGUUUAUCAAGUUUUUAACCUUUCCCACUUUAUAUACAAUGAGUAGUUUAUUUAGCAUUACGAGACUUAUUUUAGAGAUAACAAUAUGUCUUUGAAUCAAAUAAAAACAUCCCACCCACACCAACUGAAGACAAAAUAUAGUUAUAAUUCUUUAGAUUUUAGAAUAAUUUUAAAAUAUUGUUGAACUUUGUUUUCUAAUAUGUUACCAAGAAAGUGUUUGGAAUAGGGAGGAACCUGGAUCCUGUAAGUACUACAUCUGACCCCAUUCAUUUGUAUAUAAGUAUAUAAAACUUCUGUUUCAUCAUAAAAACUUAAUAUUGUAGUUGGCUUUUUAUAUAAUUGAUAUCAUGUUUGAUCCUUCUGAUGAGGUAGACAGUUCUUUAUUUCUAAUUUUUAUUCAAUUUCCUUCUGUACUUUGUCUACAUGUUCACAUAUAUAUGGUAUAAUUUUAGUUUGUUAUUCUAAAACAUUUGCAUCAAAUGUAGAGCUUACAUUUUUUUAAAAAUUAACGUCAUCGAUACUAUAAAAACAAUAACUACUUUACAUUAGGAAAUAAUUGUAUACCAACAAAUACACAUAUGUACUAAAAUAAUUAAAAACUAUGAAGAACAAUUAUAAUACAAAUCAAUCAAUUUAUGAAGCGUGAAAAUCUUCGUUAAUUUUUUUUAUUUAAAAUUGUUGAAACGCGAGAACAGAUUUGUCCCUCAGUCUUCUCAUAAAUGUUCGUUGUUAACUGUACUUCAGCUCAUCCUUCACCUAGCGUGAAUUGCAUCUUGUGUUGUCACUUGCGGAGUAGUUGCAAUUACGUCCUCAGUUUCCUGAUUUAUUGUUUAAAACAAAAUAUCUCUUACAUAAUCUCUUCGUCAGACAUUUCAUGAAAAAUAUUUUCCUCUUCAUCCAUUCCACGGUACCAAAUUUCCAGACUUAUUGUAUAUAAGCAGCAACUUGCACUAUUACUUCCAAAGUUACAAUUUGUGGAUCGUUGUUGAAUCUGGCCAUAACUUUAUCCGAAAGAUAAAUAUAAAUAAAUAAAUUGAAAUAGCAAGUGGCAUAAUUUCUCUGCUGCAAUAAUGGCUUUUGAAACUAUUUAGCCCUUCUUAGCGUUCAAGGCCAGCAUGGUUUCCUAAAGAAACCAGAAACCACAUGUACAAAUACGCCACCGUUUAGCUUUCUUUAGUGUCUGUAUUUUGCCUGACACACCGUUAAUAGUUGUUAAUAUGAAAUAUUUAUUACUGAAAGAUUAAUUACCGUUUGAGUGGUCCAAAACUCCAAAAUUGCAUUUUUAUUCUUUAAUUGUCGGUGAACACACGAUAGCCCGUAACACUAUCACAUGUAGAAUUCAAACUAAGCGAUCAGAAUCAAAAGAGUAGCUCCAUGUCGACCAUAGUAGUGGUGGUACAUCAGCAAUUAUUGUCAAAAAAAAUUCUAUAAUAGUGGCGAUUUACGGGGGGCGCAAGUUAACAAUAUUUUUUAUACUAACGUUGUAUACCAUUCUAUUGUCAUCUUUAUUAUAUUCAGCUUCUCGCUUAAUAUUAUGAAACUCUUCUGAACUCCUAAGUAUCAUUCUGUUAUAAGACGUUGAGAGGCACCGCAUUCGUGUCAUACAUUUAUAAUGCAAUAAAACGCUUAUAAGAUUACCUCAUUCAAAUUUGAUGUGUCUUUAACAUGUUCAAGACUAUAUACAAUCCCCUUCUCUAUUGAGUUGGCCAACCUUUUGAUAAUUAGGAAAUUCUCAUUUAAAUAUUGAGAAAAUAAAUACUUAAACAUUCCGGUUUUUAUUUGAAAAUUAUAUUUUUAAUAUCAUUUAUCCACAAAAAAUAUGUAGAGAAUGUCAUUACGAAUAAACCUUUUUCUGCAUUAUAGUGCAUCCAAUUGAUGAAAACUUGAGCUCAUAUGUUUUUUUAUAUUAGUCAAUUUUCUUGUGGUGAAGGAAAAUAUGCAUUUUAUUAUGGAAGUAUAAAAUAGCAAUUAUUUUACAUAAUUUCAGUUGUUAUUAAACGUUGAGUUCAUUAGGUACAAAUAUAUUUAAUAUAGUUUUAAGUGCUCAUACAUAUUAAUUAGUGAUUACUUACUUUGUACAUUGCAGCAUAUGAUAAUAUCAAUUUGAGUAAAGUCUCAAGUUUAAAAAUAAUUAAUAUUUAUUUAGUAAAUAGUAGAAUAGCUUUUUAAUAACUUAAAUUAUUUUAGUACAUUUCGAUAAAUUUGUUUUGGUUCAGUUUUUCCUUUUGUUUUGAAUUAGUUUUUCCUUUUUCUACUAAAGUAAGGUUAAGGUUUUAGAAUGCUCAAUUAAAUAUGAAUUUGUUUAGUGUAAAAUCUGCAAUACCUUUCAAUUUUAUUCAAUAUAGUUCCUUUUUAUUUUUAAAAUAAUCCAUGAUAUGAGUUACACUGCCAUAAUUUGUUUAUCAUUGCAUUACUUAAAACACUUAAGAGAGCUAGUAAACGACAAAGCUGGAGUGGUGGUACUAUUUUGGUUCCACCUGUAUUGCAACAUAUCUAAUUUUAGGUAUAGAAUUCCCAUUUUUUAUAUUACCUCUUUGAUUAUAGUAUAUAGAUUAUGUCGUAAGUUUAUAUAUCAUCAAAUAUCUUUAAAAACUUUGUAAGUUAUACAUAAUUUUAUUUCAAAAUUUUCAUGAGUUAGCUCAAAAGAAAAUGAUUUCAGGUUUGAAAUAAUAUGACAGAAGUGUCAAUAGACCUGCGGAAAGUUUCGUUUUUUUUGUAUUUGAUUAUUUUUAUGGCGUUUCAAUCCAUUAUCCAUAUUUAUUCAUCAAUUUGAAUACUAAAUUUGUCUUUAUGUGAUUUAAUGUCCAUUUAAAAUAAUUUACCCUUACACAAAAGUCACUUCCAUGGGAGCUAACGACCUUUGAACAAGAUGUUGUUAAUUCUGUUUUUUUUUAAAUAUAACUAAAAUACCCCGCUAUUCAUUAUGAACUGUUUAAGGGAGAAAUGCAGCAAUCAUGUCAACUUGAAAAUUUUAUAUAUUAGGUGUAUGAUAAAUUUUACAGUAAAUUCGAAAAUUAUAAGGUAUUUUCCAGAAAAAAUAUGCUAUUGUUUGAAUUCCCUAGUUUUUACAGUUUUAGAGAGAAAUCGUCUUCAACUUUUUAUAUUUUUAACAUUCAAUCCCAUUCAUAGCUUAUCUUUUGCAAAUGAUCUAAUUUAUUUCGAGCCGAUAUUUUACAUCCCAUCUGUUCUUGUAUCCUAACUAAAUAAAAAUAAAUUCGCAAAUAUUAACCAUUAUGUUAAUCACAGGCAAUAGCCAAAAGACAAGUAAAUCUUUCGUCAAACUUUUCAGUCAUUUGUCAAAUAAGCUGAACUGAGUUCUUUCCAUUGGUGUUGCAACGGUUAGGGGGGAGGUAAAUAUCACAAUUAAUCUGAUUUGAGUAAUAUUAAAUGGGACAUGAAUUCAUGCGAAAGGACUUUAGGAUUGUUUGUUUACAAAAGUACCUUCUAGUACAUGUAAAGUUUACCCUUCCACAUUGAAAACUUCUAACGAUAAUAGGGUUUAUAUAGCGUACAAUUUAUCAAUGUAGGUUUAUAUAAUGUUCCGAGUUUGUGUAGUAACAUUUCUAUUUGAGAUAUGCUUAUAAAACAGAUGAUUUAACGUCAUCAUUCUUUGGGAAGAACUAUCGGUAAAGGUGUAGAAUAGUAUAUUGAAUAUACUGUUUACACCAACAACAAUUAUACUGUCUAACGCGCCUUUCGAUAACCAACUUAUCGUCUUCAGACACUGAGGGUAAACUAAAAUCUAAUAACUUGACUUACCUGUUUUAUACUAAAUUUUUCCACCCAUAAGCCAUCUCCCGCGAAAAAUUAAUUCCAGUGGGAAAACUCCUUGGCGGGAAUAUUCAUGUUUAUUCCUUGACUACUAAAGUAUAGAGUGGGCUGUAAGGAAUUGGCCCAUUGUCCCUAUUUAAGCUACUCUUAAAUCUAGCAAUUUCAAUGCUCUCAAAUGCAUCCAAUAAUUUAUUAUUGGAUACAUUUUUUAACAAUUUUACAUUAUUAAUAUUUCUGCAAUGAUUGUGACUGACAGCGUGAUCGGCAAUACCUGAUUUUCCGGUCCGUCCAUAUUUCAAAUGAGCUAUGUGUUCUUUAAACCGGACAAUAACGGAUCUCUUAGUCUGUCCAAUAUACUUUCGGUCACAAUCAUCACAAUUUAUUUCGUAUAUACCACUCUUUUCCAAAUUUGGUAUUUUAUCCUUAGGAUUGCCCAACAAUUGUUUUAAUGUGUUGAUUUAUAAACCAAUUUUAAACCCACUCUACUAAAUAUUCUUUCCAAUCCUCUCGUGAGGAUUGCAAAGGUAUCAAAGCAAAUUUUUCUUAUAUUUGGGUACUUUGGGUUUGGAAAAAAGUUGUUUCAGAUAGAGUUUUCUUAAACCUAUGACGAUCGAUUAACCUAUUUACAAUUCUCUUUUCAUAACCGUUGAGUACAGCUACAUCCUCAAUAAAGGACUUUUCCUUAUCGUAUCUCUCGAUGGUGAGCGGAAAGUGGAUUAACCGAUGUCCAGAAAAUGGAUGCUGGCCAUCUUAUGUUGGAUUCAAUGAAAAGAAUCAGUGGGGAUGUACCUGCACGUAGCGGUGUUUUUCCUAAAUACAACAAAUUCUAACCUAUUACUAUUCCUAAUUACUAAAGUAUCUAAAAAUGGUAACUGUCCAUUAUUCUCCAUUUCGUAGGUGAAAUAAAUUCAUCUACGUUUGCCUUCUUCAUAUUGAAUAUGGCGAUCUUUUGAAAUAUGAGCUUCCUACGAUUUGAACAGUAAAAUUACUUUUGUAUUUUGACACUAUAUCUUAUUCUCGUACUGUUUCAGGUGUUAAAUGUUUUUCAAUUUUCCUCUAUACCACUGAAGUUUUUCCUCUCUGUUAUUCAUACGUUUUGUUCGAUUAUUUAGUCUUAAAUUAUAGCACUUUACUUUUAUUCAAAAGGUUAUGUUUAAUCAAGAUUUCUUCAAUUUUUACUAUUUCACUCAUCCACUAUUAUUAUUGUACUUUAUGUUACUCUACCUAUUAGAAAUCUUUCCUGGUCUCCCCUUCUUUAUUGUAUCUUGUAUAGUUCUAUCCUCUUACGAUUCCUGCUAUUUCACAUUCUGAGAUCUUUCAAUUUAUUACCUUAGUAUAUUUAAAAAGUAAGAUUUCUUUUGUUCUCUAACUACUUGUUUCCAUUUCUAACAGAAUUAGCAUUUAUGUAUAAAUAUUGAAGAGUUCAAUUUGAAAUGGAUAUUAUCUUUUAAUCUAAUGUGCCCGAAUCAUGUUUCUGGCUGUUUGUAGUCCCAUUGUACCAAAUAUUUUUUUGCCAUUUUCCGCAAUAAUAUUAAUAUGGAUGAAUAUGGAUUACAGCACGUAACUUAAUCAUGAAUUUUCAUAUUAUGUGUGCCAUUUCUGUUAAAAAUGUUCAAGAAAAUAAAAUGUGUUGUAUUUUUUAUUAAACUGUAUUUAUAUUGCCCGGUUUUUAAAUGAGUUAUUUUUACUCCAAUCAUUCACAAUAAUUUUGACAUUUAUUAUUAUUAAUAAAAAAUUUAAUACAAAAAAAA